AGACACUUAGGAUUUGCUUUUUCAAUUCCUCAAAACAGGCAAGCUCAACUCUCAUCUCUACAGAACCAAAACCCAUCUCGCUAAGCAAAAGCUCCCUCCUUUUCUCCACUCAACUCUUUUUCAAAGUUACAAAACCUUUUUCUUUUUGCUAUUUAACCAAACAUCAUUACACAUUCUCAAAAUUUCCUUCAAUUAAACAUACAUAUAGUUCUCUCAUCACCAAGAAACUCAAAAGACACGUACUUAAAACAGUUUCUUCCUCUCUUCUUACUUCUUCAACCAUCUAGACAUAAAAAAAACCAUGUCCAAUCAUCCUACAACACCUCAAUCACAACCACCCGAAACCCCUCCAUGGGACACUCCAUCAUCCAGAUGGUUCAGUCCAAUCAGCACACCAUGGAGAACAACACCAAGAAGCAGACAAUCAACUCCAACUCCAACAACACCAACACCUCUUACCGAAGUGAUCGUCUCCAAAUCACCUUUGUCUCAGAAGAGCCCCGCGACGCCAACACAUGAUGGUAUUGAAUCAGAGCCUUUAAACGAUACAAUGAAUCUCUUGCGGCUGAGAACUCAUCCCCGGACGAAUCCAUGGAUAUGGUGUGGUGCAGCUUUAUGUUUUAUCUUCAGCAUACUUGUAAUAAUAUUUGGUAUUGCUACUUUGGUUCUUUUUCUCGCCCUCAGACCGAGAACCCCUGUUUUCGACAUCUCCAAUGCAAAGCUCAACACGAUCUACUUCGAGUCACCGGUGUAUUUCAACGGUGAUAUGUUGUUGCUCCUGAAUUUCACCAACCCGAACAAGAAACUAGGUGUGAGGUUUGAUCAUCUUACCGUGGAGCUCUGGUUCUCCGACAAAAAGAUCGCCACGCAAGGUGUCUUGCCGUUUAAGCAAGGAAACGGGAAGACAAGGCUAGAACCGAUCCGGCUGAUCUCAAACCUGGUCUUCCUGCCUGUAAAUCACUUAGUGGAGCUGAGAAGACAGGUCAUGACUAACCAGAUCAACUACGAAAUCAGAAGCCUCUUCAGAGUGAGAGCUGUUCUUGGGAUCAUUCAUUAUUCUUAUUGGCUGCAUGGGAGUUGCCAGCUUCAGUUGGCCAGUCCACCAACCGGGGGCUUAAUUUCUCGUAACUGCACUACAAAAAAAUGGUGAAGUAACACAGGUUAUAUCCUCAAAGGUUUCUAGUUUUUACGAGCAUAGAUCUAUCUUUUGCCCACAAGAUGUAGAAAAGAAUCAAGAUUCAAUAUAGACUCUAUGCAGGAACCGAGAUUUAAGUCUGUUUAUAUAUUGUUAAGACAGAUCUAAUAAGUUUGGUUAUCAAAUGAAAUCAAAGAGAUGUUUUUUUU